AUGUCCACGACACCAUACGAUGAAGACGUAUUUGGCCCCCUCGACUUUCCAGCAGACGAGCAAAUCACAAUCGAUAACAUUAAACCAGCACAACUAUCAACUCUGAAGCACCGUCCUGAUCCAUCAUCCCUAGGCCUUCUGGACCGGCUACCUCCCGAGAUUUUAUAUCAAGUCUUGCGUCUAUUAGAUCUUUGGGCUCUAUUUUGUCUUUCGCGUACUUCUCGACAAGGCAGAGUUAUAGAGUCACUACUACCACCAUACCGUGAUCUUAUAAAAUAUAUACCAGAUAUCCUGAUGGUCCUUAGAAAAUCUAAUCUACUUCGCUAUUAUUCGGCAGAUAGACUAUACGCUGUCUUGCGGUCUAAAGCUUGCGUCUCGUGUGGAGAGUUUGGUACCUUUUUAUUCCUCCCAACCGGAGAGCGAUGCUGUCAUAUUUGUGUGGCCGAGAACCAAUCCUUCUGGGUAGUCCCUCUUUCAACAGCUCAGGGAAUCUACGGACUCACGAUGCGUGAUCUUAACAAGCUUCCUAUGAUGAAAGGUAUUCCCGGUACCUACAAACACCAGGAGGUCAAAGAAUACCAACGGCCGAUGCUCGUCCCUGUCAAAGGCGCGGCACGACUUGCCGAGAAUAAUGGCACGAUGCCUGACUUACAUCCUGUAUUUGUUAUGUGUGGCGGGGUCUAUCACGGCCCAGAUAAUGAGUUGGAUGAACACGGCCAGAAGGAAUCCAUUGAAGGUAGGCCGGUUACGUUGGAAGAGUGGCCCAGCGACAUCUAUGGGAUUCUGAGCGAACAAGGGCCCAUGAUAAACAGGCCCGUAUGGAACGAGUCUAGUCGGCCGGCUAAUGGCUUCUCACAAUGGCUGCCCUCGCCGCCCUUGCUACCUGAGGAGGACGGCUUUGACCUGAAUGGAGAGCCCAUACCAGAUUGGGAAGGCGAAAUACGGAAUGAAUUCUGCGGUAUGGCAUCAAUACGCUUUCCAUAUUUACUCCCAGACGAUACCCUUGAGUUUGGCCUAAUGUGUAAGCGAUGCAAGGCGUUGAAUCCAUAUCUCAUGUUAAAGAGUGAGCUUCCAGCACACGCUAUAGAGUGUCACCAUUGGAUGCAAAGGCUUUCUACCCAAGAUUGA